GUUGCAUAUAUUGAUUAUCGAUCGGAUAUCGGAUAUAACAUAAUCAGAAUGGAUGCCAAAUGCGUGUUUACAGCGAUUAUGUUCAUUUUUCCCAUGCGUACAGCUUUGCGGAUACGUGUUACAGAGGAUCAAUGUGGGCGUUCUAUCGAUCUCACUGUAGAGAAAGUGCUCUACCUGACUACGAAGGAGCGGAUCUAGGGGAUAUUUUAUCACCUUGCGUGAUUAACGUGACAAAUUAUAACACUCGUGAUAUGAUUUGUAUCAAAAGUGAAAGAACAGUAGACUGGGAUAUCAUCUGCGCAUGGAUACUGAAAUAUUACAUUGGAGGUUGGAAGUCGUACUCUGGUGGAAAAGACUACACUUGUUCAGAUUUCAAGAAACAGCCUCUUUGUGACAGGAAUGAAGUGUCCUCAGUUGUGUAUCGUUACGCUAUACACAAAGAUGCUGUCAUCAAUCUUAGGCUGUUUACGAAGAAAUAUUUCUUGACUGUUACCAGCCCUUAUACGCCGUCACCUUGGUCGUCCUGGUCGUCGGGUAACGAUGGCGGCAAGGAUUCAGACUCUGCAUGGACAGUCAUUGGUGUAUCAAUCGGUUUAUUUAUUGUUAUAGUGCUAGUGAUCAGUUGUGCAUGUUCAAAGGCUCGCAAAUAUUCUACUCCCAAACCUCAGUAUGUGGAACCUGCCGUACAGUACCACGCUCAUCCAGGGAACCAGUAUGUAAAUCAAACAGAAGAGUUUCAAAACGAGGCAAUAUGUCCGCAGCAAUAUCCGCAAAAUCAGCAGCUGCAGUAUAUACCAGAUCAGUCUGCUUACGCAGGGUACCAAAUACAUGCGUCAGUUUGCCAAAAAGAAACAAGUCCAGACACUGUAGCGGGGCAACAGGCUUAUUUGCAUCCUCAUACAUCUGUCAGACCGCCUUCAGCGCCUCCACCUCCAUACCCAGGUUACUGAUCCAACGCCUGGUCAGUCUUUCGUACCUGGCCAAGCGACUUUGUUAUUGGAUAGAACGCUGGGUACCAGACUGUGACCAGCUUGUAUUGCGCGGUUUCAACGGACAUCUUUGUUUACCAACAAAGGCAGAUCAAAGAGAUGAUAAUAUAAGCGUGUACGACUUCUAUGUAAAACCUUUAUUGUAUAAAUACCACCAUUUUAGCAAAACGUUUACUUACAUGGUUUCUUCGAUUGGAAAUCAUUUAUUUCAUUUUACUGCUUUAAGAACUUUAUAAUUCAUGAAUGUUGUAUCUUUGAUAACUUUCACUUCGCGACGCAUUGGUAAGUUCUUCUGUGUCCAAUUUCUAAAAGGACGAAAGUCACGGCUGUGUCUGUACGGAGUUAUAUGAUUGCCUCAAAACGAGCACCUAACUGGUGAGAGUUAAUUGAGCAAAAGUAAAUUUGUUAAAAUAUUGUAUUGUGAAAUUGCUUUUGUGUGAUAACAAUAUUAAAUGUUCUUGUAAACCUG